UCAAUUUACAUAUUGUAUGGCGUGGGUUUAAUGUUGUUAGCUUGAAGUAGUGAUAUCUUGUUUUAUUUAAUGAAUGACCAUGGCUUAACGUACAACCACAUGGAUUAUUAACGAGGCAUUCAAUAAUUCAUAACCAAUAUGUAUUUGUAUAAUAUAACAUUGCAAAGAGGUAGUGGAAUAACACAUGCUAUCCAUGGAAAUUUCAGUGGAGGUAAAGUACAAGAAAUAUUAGUUUCUCGUGGUAAAUCUUUAGAACUUUUACGACCCGAUACUAAUACUGGUAAAGUCCAUACACUCUUAACGGUUGAAGUAUUUGGAGUCAUCCGUUCAUUAAUGAGUUUUAGACAGUCUGGAGGUACUAAAGAUUACAUUGUAGUUGGUUCAGACUCUGGUAGAAUUGUUAUAUUGGAGUAUUUACCUUCCAAAAAUGUACUUGAUAAAGUUCAUCAAGAAACUUUUGGUAAAAGUGGAUGCAGACGCAUUGUACCUGGACAAUAUUUAGCUAUUGAUCCUAAAGGAAGAGCAAUAAUGAUUGGUGCUGUCGAAAAACAAAAGUUGGUAUACAUUCCCAACAGAGAUUCAGAAGCUCGCUUAACAAUAUCUUCUCCAUUAGAAGCUAACAAAAGUAACACUUUAGUAUAUCACAUGGUUGGAAUUGAUGUAGCUUUUGACAACCCUAUAUUUGCAUGUCUUGAAAUUGAUUAUGAGGAAGCUGAUUCUGAUCCAACUGGUGAAGCUGUUCAAUCAACCAGGCAAACACUAACUUUUUAUGAAGUUGAUUUUGGAUUAAAUCACGUAGUUCGUAAAUAUAGUGAACCUUUAGAGGAACAUGCUAACUCUCUUAUCUCUGUUCCUGGUGAUAAAGAUGGACCGGGAGGUGUACUAAUUUGUUCUGAAAAUUACAUUACUUAUAAAAAUCAAGGAGACCAACCAGAUAUUCGUUGCCCUAUACCUCGUAGACGAAAUGAUUUAGAUGAUCCAGACCGAGGAAUGAUUCUUGUUUGUAGUGCUACCCAUAAAACUAAAUCCAUGUUUUUCUUCUUAGUACAAACUGAACAAGGAGAUAUUUUUAAAGUUACUCUUGAGUCAAGUGAAGAUUUUGUUACAGAAAUUAGGCUCAAAUAUUUCGAUACAGUCCCAGUAGCAUCAGCUAUGUGUGUUUUAAAAACUGGAUUUUUAUUUGUUGCAUCAGAAUUUGGAAAUCACUAUCUUUAUCAAAUAGCCAACUUAGGCGAUGAUGAUGAUGAACCAGAAUUUAGUUCAGCUAUGCCUUUAGAAGAUGGUGAUACAUUCUUUUUUGCACCAAGACAAAUGAGAAACUUGGUAUUGGUUGAUGAAAUGGACUCCUUGUCUCCAAUAAUGGCUUGUCAAGUUGCUGAUUUAGCCGCAGAAGAUACACCUCAGUUGUAUAUGGCUUGUGGACGAGGGCCAAGAUCAACUUUAAGAGUAUUAAGGCAUGGUCUUGAAGUCUCUGAAAUGGCUGUAUCUGAAUUGCCAGGAAACCCAAAUGCAGUCUGGACUGUAAAACGAAGAGCAGAUGAAACCUACGAUGCAUAUAUCAUAGUGUCAUUUUCAAAUGCUACUUUAGUAUUAUCUAUUGGAGAAACUGUAGAAGAAGUCUCUGAUUCAGGAUUUCUAGGAACCACACCAACUCUUUCUUGUUCCCCAUUAGGCGAUGAUGCAGUAGUUCAAAUAUACCCAAAUGGUGUUCGCCAUAUUCGCUUUGAUAAACGAAUGCAUGAUUGGAAAGUACCAGAAAAAAAGAAGAUUAUUAAAUGUGCUGCUAACCAACGACAAGUAGUUAUUGCAUUAGGUGGAGGGGAACUUGUUUAUUUUGAAAUGGAUCCUACUGGACAUUUGAAUGAACAUAAAGACCGCAAAGAAAUGAAUUCUGAUGUUCUUUGUAUGGCUUUAGCUAAUGCACCAUCAGGAGAACAAAUGUCUCGGUUUUUAGCUGUUGGAUUAUCUGAUGAAACUGUUCGAAUAAUAUCACUUGACACUACAGAUUGUCUUGUUCAGUUAAAAAUGCAAGCUAUACCUGCCAUGCCUGAAUCUUUAUGUAUUGUAGAAAUGGGUGCUAGUGAUGGUGGUUCAUCAGAUGAGCCUGGAAUGAACUCAUUGUCAAUGUUAUAUUUAAAUAUUGGCUUGCAGAAUGGUGUGUUGUUACGUACAGUAUUAGAUGGUGUUACUGGAGAAAUGGCUGACACAAGAGCUCGUUAUCUAGGUGGAAAACCAGUAAAGCUAUUUAAGAUCAAAAUGAGAGGAAAUGAAGCUGUACUUGCUAUGUCAAGUAGAUCUUGGUUAAGUUAUUACUAUCAAAAUCGUUUUCAUCUCACCCCUUUAUCAUAUGAAAGUUUAGAAUAUGCAUCCGGUUUUGCAUCAGAGCAAUGUCCUGAAGGUAUUGUAGCAAUAUCAAGCAAUACCUUACGAAUUUUAGCUCUUGAAAAAUUGGGAGCUGUGUUUAAUCAAUUAUCUUUUCCUGUGGAAUAUACACCUCGUAAAUUCGUUAUACAUCAAGAAUCUGCUCACAUGAUAGUAGUAGAAACUGAACACAAUGCAUAUACUGAGCAAACCAAAAAACAAAGACGUGUUCAAAUGGCUUCAGAAAUGCAAGAAGCUGCUGGAGAAGAAGAACAAGAAUUGGCAAAAGAAAUGGCUGAAGCUUUUUUAAAUGAAGACUUGCCAGAAAGUAUAUUUGGUGCCCCAAAAGCUGGUCCAGGAAUGUGGGCCUCAUUAGUUCGACUGUUUAACCCAGUUCAAGGAAUAACUGAAGCUGUUUACAGGUUUCCACAAAAUGAAGCAGUCAUGAGUGUUGCUAUAGUUAAGUUUUCUAGCUAUCCUGAUUCACAAUUUGUACUUUUUGGUGUAGCUAAUGAACUUAACUUGAAUCCCAGACAUGUUACUUGUGGUUAUGUGUACACUUAUAAAGUUAAUCCUACAUGUACAUCUUUGGAAUUAGUUCACAAAACAACAGUUGAUAAUGUUCCAACAGCAAUAUGUGGGUUUCAAGGCCGAGUUUUAAUUGGUGUGGGUCGAAUAUUACGUCUUUAUGAUAUUGGAAAAAAAAAGUUAUUACGUAAAUGUGAAAAUAGGCAAAUACCACUUUUAAUUGUUGGUAUUCGAGUUAUGGGCUACAGGAUAUAUGUCAGUGAUGUUCAAGAAAGUGUUUAUAUGGUACGUUAUAAGCGUGGUGAAAAUCAGUUGAUUAUAUUUGCAGAUGAUACACAACCUCGUUAUGUAACUGCUAUGGAAAUAUUAGAUUACAAUACCAUUGCAACAGCUGAUAAAUUUGGAAAUAUUUCAGUUAUAAGAAUAGCUUCAUCAAUAUCUGAUGAAGUAGAUGAUGAUCCAACUGGUAACAAAAGCUUAUGGGAUCGAGGAUUGCUUAAUGGUGCAUCUCAGAAAGCAGAUUUUAUUGUUAACUUUCACAUAGGUGAAAUAUGCACCUCACUUCAAAAAGCAACUCUUAUACCUGGUGGUUCAGAAUCCUUAGUAUAUUCCACUAUAACUGGUACAAUUGGAGUUUUAGUUCCAUUUACAGCACAUGAAGAACAAGAUUUCUUCCAACACCUUGAAAUGCACAUGCGUUCUGAAAAUCCACCAUUGUGCGGACGAGAUCAUCUUUCAUAUAGAUCUUCAUAUUUUCCUGUGAAGAAUGUUUGUGAUGGAGACUUAUGUGAACAAUACAAUUCUAUUGAUAUAACUAAACAGAAAAGCAUAGCGGCUGACUUAGACAAAACUCCAGCUGAAGUAUCUAAAAGACUUGAAGAUAUGAGAACGAGAUACGCAUUUUAAAAUAUUUAAUUAAAUUGUAAAAAAUAUAUACAUAUAAUUUUUUUUAUUUGUAUUAGUUCCUUUACUAAUUUUGUUUUAAAGAGUGAUAAUAGUUGUAAUUAAUUUAUUCUGAAAUUAAUUGUGUGAAUAUUUUUUAUUCAGUAAAAUUUUUUUUCUUUUUAGGCCCAUUAAAGGCCAUAGUGACCUCUUCAAUGGGUAGGUUUUUUAACAAUUGAUACUCUGGGACAGGUGGUUAGUCAGUCGCCAAAAAUAGAGAUGGAGACUCCAAUUACCGCUCUGAUCUCUUAUGCGUCAAAUCCCUACCCAUGACACAGUUUCAAACCCAAGGCAGUACGCUUAAUAAUGUAAUAAAACCACUUAACACUAUUUGUCUUAUGAUUGUGGUUUAAAUAAAAUUAAACAAUUUUUUUUUAAUUUGCAACAUAUGUUACAUUCCUUUUGUAGUAUUAAUGAUAAAAUGGUGUUCUAUGACAAAUAAUUAUUACAACCAAUAAAAUUCAAUGUUAUAUAAUGUAUA